CCGGCCCGGCUCGCCGGCUCCUCUGCAGCCCGCGCGCGGCGCGAAACCGCGCCAGGCGUGGCCGGCUGGGCAGACACCCCAGCGUGGGGGCACCGGACCCCCUCGGCCCCCAUGCCUGGGCGAGCAGAGCGGAGUGGGUGGCGGUGGUCGGAGCUGUGCCGGGGUCCCCCGGGGGGGCGAGCUGCAAGGACGGUGUAUGAGUUUGGCAUGAUUUGGUCUCCUGGGAUUCUGCCAUAGCAAGAAAGAAGUUGGAAAUACUCCUGAAAGAAAACUAAAACAAAACAAAAGCCACAGCUUAUUCUUUUCAUGGUUGUCGGUUGCCUUACAAAGAUGGACACGUUUCCUAGUGUAUUUCCUCCUGGUGGAGACAGUAGUAGGCUGAAUCCUGAACCUGAGUUCCAAAAUAUGUUAAUUGAUGAAAGGGUACGAUGUGAACAUCAUAAACAUAAUUAUCAGGCUCUGAAAAUUGAACACAAAAGGUUGCAGGAAGAAUACGUAAAAUCACAAAAUGAACUUAAGCGUGUGUUGCAUGAGAAGCAGACUAACCAGGAAAAAUUCCAGCUGCUCCUUGAAGAGUUAAGAGCGGAAUUAAUGGAGAAAAUUAAAGACUUGGAAGAAAUGAAACGGCAGGUAUUAACACCCCAAAAAUUGGAAUUGGUAAGAGCGCAAAUGCAGCAAGAAUUAGAAGCUCCAAUGCGAGAGCGUUUCCGGACUCUUGACGAAGAAGUGGAAAGGUAUAGAGCUGAAUAUAAUAAGCUUCGCUAUGAGCAUACAUUCCUCAAGUCAGAAUUUGAGCACCAGAAGGAGGAGUUUACUCGUAUUUCAGAAGAAGAAAAAAUGAAAUUUGAAUCAGAGGUCGCACGGCUGGAGAAGGAUAAGGAGGAACUGCAUGGCCAGCUGCUCAGCGUCGAUCCCACAAGAGACAGCAAGCGCGUGGAGCAACUCGUUCGAGAAAAAUCCCAUUUGCUUCAGAAAUUGAAAGGGUUAGAGGCUGAAGUAGCAGAAUUAAGGGCUGAGAAAGAGAAUUCUGGUGCGCAUGUAGAAAAUGUCCAAAGAAUACAGGUGAGGCAGCUGGCGGAGAUGCAGGCUGCACUCAGGUCCUUGGAGGCUGAAAAGCAGUCAGCUAAACUGCAGACUGAACGCUUAGAGAAAGAGCUGCAAUCAAGCAAUGAACAGAACACUUGUUUAAUCAGCAGAUUGCAUAAAGCGGACCGAGAAAUAAGUACGCUGACCAGUGAAGUGAAAGAGCUCAAACAUUCAAACAAACUAGAAAUAACUGACAUCAAACUGGAGGCAGCGAGAGCUAAGAGUGAGCUAGAAAGAGAAAGGAAUAAGAUUCAAAGUGAACUGGAUGGAUUGCAGGCAGACAAUGAAAUUCUCAAGUCCACUGUCGAACACCACAAAGUACUCUUGGUGGAAAAAGAUCGUGAAUUAAUCCGUAAAGUACAAGCUGCCAAGGAAGAAGGUUAUCAGAAACUCGUGGUGUUACAGGAUGAAAAGCUGGAACUUGAGAACAGAUUAUCAGACUUAGAGCGAAUGAAAGUGGAACACGAUGUCUGGAGGCAGUCGGAGAAGGAUCAGUGUGAAGAGAAACUGCGGGCCUCGCAGAUGGCCGAAGAGGCAGCCCGGAGGGAGCUGCAGAGUAUUAGGUUAAAACUUCAACAACAAGUUGUGAAUACUGAAAAAGCAGAGAAAGAAAAACUUGAAAAUGCUGAGCUGAAACAGGUGUGAUUAUAAUAUACAUUUUGCUUUUAUUUUGUUGAAUGCUCCUUUUAAGUCUGUUUUAUGU